CAUUACACUUGUAAUGGUAAAAGUAAACAUAUAUUAUACUUCGAUGAUCAAUACUUAUUUAGUGUUUCAGGCACGUUUAUAGUUGAUACACGAGCACGUUAAUUCGUUGGUGAUCACAAGAAUUGGUCAUUUAAAUUAUGUAGUUUAGCGAAUUGUCGUGGUCGUGCGUGAUAUAAUUUUGUAUUAUCAGUUGUGGUGUACAUUAUCAUUAUUAUUGUAAUAUGUAUUCGGUGUAAUUAUUCGUAAGAAAUCAUAAUGAAAAAAACUCGUUUAAAAAUGAACAAAUGCCAUGUAAAAAACUUGGAAAAGUGUACGGAUGAGAUUUCUAUGGAUGGCGUACACCCCCCGCUGUUCUGUAGUCAUACGUGGACUAAAUGUGUUCCGAUCAGUCAUCGAAUUCAUCUGAUGCAUCCGUCGAUGUCCAUUGGACGCAACUAUAGACUAGCACUCGAAAAGACUUUACGAAAAAUCAACAAGUCACGGGAAAAGGCCAUAAGUUGUAAAAUAUUAGACGAAGAUCGUCAUUUAUUAAAUCGUCCACGCCAAAAAGUCGAAUCUGAACCACAAAAGAUGAAUACCACAAAUGAUUACAAAUAUACCGGCGUCGUGCCUUUAGCGGAUUUGUUGUCCGGAAAAUAUUACAGGGAUAUAGCAGAUCUGAGGAAACAAAAAAUGAUUGCAAAGAAAAUAAAAUAUGAAAAAUCUAUGAUAAAACCAGAAUUACCUUCAAAUUAUAUUGGUUCAUCGAUACAAGCUUGUACUGCAAUGAGUCCAGACAAACAGCUUAAUAUACUGAAAGAUAUGUGGCGAAAAGAGAAAAACGUCGAGAUCGUCAUAAGUAAAGAAGACAGCGAAACAAUAGCAUACUAUUUGAACGAAGGUAUAACUAGUGAAUAUUAUAAUCCGUUUCCAGAACAAGUGUUGGCCAACAUAAAGAAGAAUCGUGUUAAACCGAAUCUGUUAAAAAAGUAUCAUUUUUUGAUGACAUUUUUGGAAAGCGACGUACGAAAAAAUUAUGAUACUGCUUGCAAAAAAAUAAUCCUUGAUUAUAUAUUAAUGGAUCCAGAUGAAUUAAAAAGAAUUGGAAUAACAAAUUACUAUAGAUCAGAUUAUUCUUCAAUGCAAAUUAGAGGACCGAUUCCAUGGCACCAAACAGCAAUUAUUCAAAGAGAACAUUUAAGGCAUAACUUAUAUAUUUUCAGUGAAUCUAUUUUAAUGUUGAAUAGUGUAUGGAAAAAGUAAGCUAGUUAGAUGAUUUUUUUAUUUAAACAUUAUAUUAUUAUUAUAUUUUUUUUUUCAAAGGUAUUCCAAAGGUUAUAUUUUUCCUAUAAAAAAUUUAAAAAAAGUUGGGAUUCCUAUAAAACCAAGUUCCUUACAAGAGCUUUUGAAUAAAUCGUGUGAAAAAUUUCGACACAAAUUAGUAAAAGAGUAUGACACUUCACUAAUAACCUAC